AAGCAAGUUGAUCAAUCGAACCCUCAGCUCGCUUGUGGGCUCAAUCCGUUGGCUGGGUAGCUAGGUCUUGGUCCUCCUAGGCACAUAUAAGGAUCAUUAAUUGUUGAUCGGGAGACCUAGACCAGCUUCCAGUACGUACGUACUACGACUUUGAUCACCGUCCCGUAGUUUCGAGGGAAUUAAGAGUGCAAAAGAUCUAGAACUUCUACUGCUUGCUAGGUUUACAUGCAGAUCAAGCAAUGACAGAAGCUAACAAAAAUGUUUUUCAGAUCUUGUUUUUUGUGUCAUUCGCUAUUGUUGUUCCAAGCCUUCAUGCCACCAACAUCAGUCAAUGGGAUGGUUAUUGGAAGCACCGUGCUGACGAGGCCCUAAAGGCUAACCUCGCAGCUUAUGAUCCACAUCCUGAGAAAAUCACCGAGGACUUGAACUUUCGAGUCAACAAGGUUUUGACAGGGAGCAAUAGCACAAGAAGAAACUUGAAGAAGAACACAGGCCCAUGCACAGCCACCAACCCCAUUGACCGAUGCUGGAGGUGUGACCCCGACUGGGCCAAAAACCGAAAGAAGCUAGCUGACUGCGUCCUUGGCUUUGGCCGUAACACCUUUGGUGGAAAAUAUGGUCCUUAUUAUGUUGUGACUGAUUCCUCAGAUGAUGACCUGGUGAAUCCCAAACCCGGAACCCUCCGCCAUGCCGUUAUCCAAAAAGGGCCCCUCUGGAUCAUCUUUGCAAGCAGCAUGGUUAUUAGGCUCCAUGAAGAGUUGAUCAUGACCAGUGACAAAACCAUUGAUGCAAGAGGAGCCAAUGUGCGCAUCGCUCAUGGCGCUGGAAUCACCAUACAAUUUAUCAAGAAUGUGAUCAUCCAUAACCUCCAUAUCCAUAAUAUUUACGCCGGUAGUGGCGGACUCAUCGUAGACUCUGUUGACCAUUUCGGUAUUAGGACUCCUAGUGAUGGUGAUGGUAUCUCCAUCUUUGGCUCAUCCAACGUCUGGAUUGACCAUGUUUCCAUGUCCCAGUGCAAAGAUGGCCUCAUCGAUGCCAUCAUGGGAUCAACUGGUAUUACCAUCUCCAACAGCCAUUUCACCAAUCACAAUGAGGUGAUGUUGUUCGGAGCAAGCGACAGCUACUCCGGAGACGAGAUAAUGCAAAUCACAGUCGCCUUCAACCACUUCGGUAGGGGAUUGGUGCAGAGGAUGCCGAGGUGCCGAUGGGGAUUCAUUCAUGUGGUUAAUAAUGACUAUACGCACUGGCUCAUGUAUGCCAUUGGCGGUAGCAGCCAUCCUACUAUUAUCAGUCAGGGUAAUCGAUUCAUUGCUCCUCCAGACUUGGCUGCUAAAGAGGUGACCAAGAGGGAAUAUACAACUGGGAGCGAGUGUAGUUCAUGGACAUGGAGAUCCGAGGGAGAUCUGAUGAUGAAUGGAGCAUUCUUCGUUCAAUCAGGGAAAAAACUGAAAAAGAAGUCAUUCUCCAGGCUGGAUAUGAUCAAAUCGAAACCAGGGACAUAUGUGAGGAGACUCACACGCCACUCCGGUUCGCUUAACUGCCAACCAGGAAAACCUUGUUAAUUAGCCAUGUUAGGGCCCUUCCAUGCAAUUUUUUUCAUGCAGUAUUAAUAGAGCCUACAUACCCGUGAUUAUUAUGGUACUACUACUUGUUUUGUAA